AAUGACUACAGGAAGUUGUCCAUGCAGUGUAAGGACUUUGUAGUGGGAGUUUUGGACCAGUGCAGAGACACAGAGGAAGUGGAGGCCAUCUUGAAUGGAGACGUGGACAAUGCCCCGCCCAGUGACAACAACCGCCCCUGCCUCGAACGCGUCAAACUGGCCAUCAAAUAUGACGUCAAGAAGGUGAGACACCCCAACCAGGACCGCAACCUGACCGCAUUACUUGACACUGCUGUAAAUGACCAAAUAUUUACAGUAUGUUCAUGUUUUUUAUGGUUUAGUUUACAUGGCAUCAUUUCUAUCUGAUAGCAUUGUUUGUUCAUGUAGCAUUUGACCACAUUUGUGUAUUUGUUAACAGGUGUAUUCGGAGUGGGAAAUGUUGAUUUAUGUUCAAGCUAGAACAUCUCACAGGGAAAACAUUGGAUCAGUGAUGUAGUAUUAUAGUAGUGAUGCAGUACACACAUGUCUGUCUGUGUGUGUGUGUGUGUGUGUGUGUGUGUGUGUGCGUGUGUCCCGAGGCCUGGUAGCAUUUGUAAAUAUCAGACAAGCCUCUGUGUCAGAAUGCUAAUCCCUUUCAUACCAGAGGUGUUUCAGCUAAAUGUCAAACCAAGUCCGAUCUCCCUACAUCACCCGGGACUCACAGAGACACACACACACACAGACACACAGGCACACACACUCAUACACACACAUUUCAACAAAAAAGGUAAAUAAGUUUCUCUGACCUUAUGGUCGAACAUCCUGUAUGGAAACAUUGUGACACAUAGUACCAUAAGGCUCAUACUACCUCAGAUAUCAUCUAAGGCAGCGGUUCACAACUCCGGUCCUCGAGUACCCCCAACAGCACACAAAAAACACCUGGUUCUCAAACCUCGCCUCAUGGACCCCCAGCCGUUCCAUGUAUUUGAUCUAUUCCAGCGCUAACACACCUGAUUCAACGUGUCAACUAAUCAUCAAGCCUUUGACUAGGUGAAUCAGGUGAGCUAUUUCAGGGCUACACCUAAAUUGUGAAACGUCCAUCCUGUGUGUAAGCUUCCAGGGAAACAGUAAAGUGUAGUGCCUGGGGUGUUUUCCCAAAGCAGGGAGCGUGACCACAGCUGGGUGUGUUAAUCAACCUGCCAGAUGAGGGGGAGGACAGGUUGCCAGGACAACCAGGUGGCCUUGAAUGCUAUAGGCAGGCAGGCACCCACUCACGCACACGUGCACACACACUCACACACACACACACACAAACACACACACAGCAUGGGCACUCUCAGACAGACUUAGACAUAUUGACAUACAAACUGGUGACAGGGUUCCCAUGAUGGGUCAUUGAAGAUGAUUGCAAUCACCAAGGGGAUGGAGGAAUGAUGGACACUGUCUCAUUUUAAUUGUUCGUUUCUGGGUUGAAGUCAUAGUGUGUGUGUGUAUGUGUGUGUGUGCAUGUGUGUGUGUGCUGUGGUUAGUCACAAAUGAUCCUUGAAUGUCAGUAGAUGGCCUCGGCUGAUUGAGUGAUUAACCUGUUGAGGGAACACACACACACACACACACACACACACACACACACAGUGGAAAUCUCUCGCUCUCUCUCAAGUCGCUCUGGAUAAGAGCGUCUGCUAAAUGACUAAAAUGUAAAUGUAAAUGUAAAUUCAAUUCAAAGGACUUUAUUGGCAUGGGAAAGAUAUGUUUACAUUGCCAAAGCAAGUGAAAUAGAUAAUAAACAAAAGUGAAAUUAACAAUAAAAACUGAACAGUAAACAUUACACUCACAAAAGUUUCAAAGGAAUAGAGACAAAUUUCAAAUGUCAUAUUAUGGCUAUAUACAGUGUUGUAACGAUGUGAAAAUAGUUAAAGUACAAAAGGGAAAAUAAAUUAACAUAAACAUGGUUGCCCUUUUCUUAUGGCAACAGGUCACAAAUCUUGCUGCUGUGAUCUCUCUCUCUCUCCCUCUCUCUCUGUGUGUAGUUUGUGGCGCACCCUAACUGCCAGCAGCAGCUGCUAACUAUCUGGUAUGAGAACCUGUCAGGUCUGAGGCAGCAGUCCAUUGGGGUCAAGUGUUGGACCGUGGUAGGGGUCACCGUGGGACUGCCCUUCCUGGCUAUCGCCUACUGGAUCAUGCCCUGCAGCAAGGUAAUGCAAGUAUGCACUGCAGGUACACACACACACAUGCACACACACACUAGAGAUCCUCUAAGGGAUCAUAAUGUGGUUAGGUUGUCCGCAUUCUGAAUUAAUGCCUAAACUUAACCGUCGAAAUUUGACGAAGGGGGAUUAGAUUAAGUGGGGAGGGAGGGGAAUGGUGACAGAAAUUGAAGGAGCGUGGAGAAGGAUGGAUACGAGGGAGAGAGAAGGAAUGGACAGAGAGAGAGAGAGAGAGAGAGAGAGAGAGAGAGAGAGAGAGAGCGAGAGAGAGAGAGAGAGAGAGAGAGAGAGAGAGAGAGAGAGAGAGAGAGAGACAUGGGGAGACAUGGGGAGACUGGGGUAGUCGGACAGAGAGACAGACAGACAGAGGGAUGGAGGGAAUGGGAGGGGCGGGGUGGGGGUCUCAGCUGAUGAUGUGUGUCAUCAUGGUGUGUGGGUUUAAUAGGACAAUAACAGGGGAAAUACAGCAGGGUAUCUCUCUCCCCACCUGAAACUACUGAGAAAAACAGUGGAAAAAUCCCAAAUGGCACCCUAUUCACUGCACUACAUUUCACCAGAGCCAUGUGAGCCCUGGUCAGAAGUAGUGAACUACAUUAUAUAGGGAAUAGGGUGCAUUUUGGGACGUAGCCAGUCCCUGUCCAAAAAAUCAGAUAGGAAAAACACACACACCUGUUUGAUUAGGUUUAGAUGGCGGUGUGUGUGUUGUGAACAACACCCUUGAUCUAUCAGUUGGUUGAUAUCGGACUGAUUUUAAUGACCAGUAUUGGCUAAUGGCCUUUAAUAAAAACAGAGGGACACAUAUAAGCAGACACACACACACACACACACACACACACACACACAGCACAAUGGAUGUGAUUGCUGUGUGUUGUUAAAUGAACAACCUGGCCAAUACUGUUUCACCCCCCUCCUUCUCAGCCUUCCUGCAUAUUGUUGCUGGUAUUUUUCUCAAUGGGUGUACUUAUGUGAAUGUUCACAUUCACAAAUACAUGUGUUUUGAGUGCAUACUGAAUGUACAUUUUCAGUGUGUCGAUCUGCCUGUGUUUGUUAAGGCGUGUCUCCUCCCUAUCUCUCCCAUCCUGUUGAGACAUAGCUGGAUUCUCCAGGGUUAGUAUUGAAUAGUAGAACACACAACAAGGCAGUGUGAAAUUCACAUCUCUCUCUCUUAUUUCUCUCUGUCUUAUUUACUGAGUCUCUCCUCACUGCUUCUGAUGUAGGGGAGAUAAAUAAUAAGGGUGAAACUGACACUGAAUGAUCUUCACACACAGUAACACACUUUAAUGUCUGGACAUGGGGCCCUGAAGUGUCAAUAAAACAUUUUUUAUGUUGUCUACACUCCAAUGGCAAAAAUGUUCAGAUUCAAAGUCUGACUGAACUGAUCCCUGGAAGAACCUGGUUAGUUUUUUUGCCUCAGGUUCCAGAUCAUAGUUUAGACCAGUUCCGUGUUUCCCAGUUCCGUCUAGUUUAUUCCUCCUCCUGACAGUGAUACUGUUUACUUUAACUGACUUUAUAGGGGAAAUGUAUUUGCAAUAUCAUGUAAACAUUUAACACGGUACUACAUUUACAUUUGAGUCAUUUAGCAUAUGCUCUUAUCCAGAGCAAUCAUCUUAAGUUAGCUAGGUAAGACAACCACAGAUCACAUUCAUAAUAAGUCAAACCUUUUCCUCAGUAAAACAGCUAUCACCUAAGGCGCAAGUAACCAGUAGGGUGUUUUUUGUCUUUGUCCAGCUGGGUCAGAUCCUGAGAAGUCCCUUCAUGAAGUUUGUGGCCCACGCCGUUUCCUUCACCAUCUUCCUGGGCCUGCUGGUCAUCAACGCCUCUGACCGCUUCGAGGGGGUCAAGAAUCUGCCCAACGAGACCAUCACUGACCACCCUCGCCAGGUGUUCCGGGUCAAGACGACUCAGUUCUCCUGGACCGAGAUGCUCAUCAUGAAAUGGGUGCUGGGUGAGCAGAAGAGAGGGAGAAGGGGAGGGAGGGAGGGAGAGGGGAGGAAUGGAAAGACAGAUGAAUGGAGAGAGAGGGGGGGGGGGGGGGGGGGGGGGGGAGAGGGAGAAAGAGGGAGAAAUAAGGACAGGGGGGCAUAAGAUCAACCACUAAAAAAACAUCAGCUGGUUUCUCCGUCUCCUCACACUUUCUCUCUCUCACUUCUUAACAUAGCAAUAUCAUUUGUUUGUGUGUUUCCAGCAGGGAUGGGGAGUGACUGAUUGUCUGUAAUCAGUUACUGAUGACAAAAAAACUGUAACUGUAAUCAGUUACGUUACCAGCAAAAACAUCGCAAUCAGAUUACAGAUACUUUUGAAAAACUAGAUGAUUACUUCCUGAAUUACUUUUAAAUCCAGAAAGGAUGUUUGCGAAAAAAUACAUUAUGACACCUUUCUGUUUUCUCAAUGACAUUCAACCUAGAAUUCAAAAUAUUGUUCCUCCUGAGUGAGUCUGACCACAAGUCAGAGCCCACUAUGAUGACACACCAAAUGCAGUAUAUGGAUAAUUUUUAUCUUCUUCUAAUGCCUCUUAAGGGGAAAGUAAUCCAAAAGUAGGUAAUCAGAUUAUAUUACUGAGUUUGGGUCAACCAAAAGUUACAUUACUGAUAACAAUUUUGGACAGGUAACUAUACUGAACAAAAUAUAAACGCAACAUUUAACAAUUUCUAAGAUUUUAGUGAGUUACAGUUAAUGGAAGGAGAUCAGUCAAUUGAAAUCAAUUAAUUAGGCCCUAAUCUAUGGAUUUCACAUGACUGGGCAGGGGCACAGCCAUGGGUGGGCCUGGGAGGGCAUAGGCCCACCCACUUGGGAGCCAGGUCCACCCACUGGGGAGCCAGGCCCAGCCAAUCAAAAUUAGUUUUUCCACACAAAAAGGCUUUAUUGUAGACAGAAAUACUCCUCAGCACCCCGCCUCCCCCUCCUCAGACGAUCCCACAGGUUAAGAAGCCGGAUGUGGAGGUCCUCGGCUGGCGUGGUUACACAUGAUCUGCGGUUGUGAGGCCGGUUGGAUGUACUGCCAAAUUCUCUAAAAUGACGUUGGAGGCGAAGUUGGAGAAAUUAACAUUAAACUCUCUGGUGGACAUUCCUGCAGUCAUGCCAAUUGCAUGCUCCCUCAAAACUUGAGACAUCUGUGGAAUUGUGUGAAAAAACUGCACAUUUUAGAGUGACCUUUUAUUUCCCCCACACAAGGUGCACCUGUGUAAUGAUCAGGCUGUUUAAUCAGCUUCUUGAUAUGCCACACCUGUCAGGUGGAUGGAUUAUCUUGGCAAAGGAGAAAUGCUUGCUAACAGGGAUGUAAACAAAUUUGAGCACAACAUUUGAGAGAAAUAAGCUUUUUGUGCGUAUGGAACAUUUCUGGGAUAUUUUAUUUCAGCACAUGAAAAAUGGGACCAACAGUUUACAUGUUGCUUUUAUAUUUUUGUUCAGUAGUAACUGUAACAGAUUACAUUUAGAAAGUUACCUACCCAACCCCGGUUUCUAGUAAUGGCAGCAUUCUCUUCCCACCAAGAGUAGUUCUGUCCUUGAGCUGUUCUUGCUUAUUAAUGUUCUGUAUUAUGUCAUGUUUUUAUGUGGAUCCCAGGAAGAGUAGCUGCUGCUUUGCAACAGCUAAUGGGGAUCCAAAUACAAUAACUUGAUAACAAAAGCAAUUUCAGCCAGAGUGUGUGUGAGCUGUUUAGUGUGUGUGUGAGUGUGAGUGUGUGAGGUGUGUAUGGGGCCAUCUGAGGGAGAGAGGGGUCAUUUUAAUUAUGUUUGCAUUCUUUGUGGCACAGCGAUGAUAAUGAUUAGAGAAGCUUUUCAAUAAUUUUCUCCCUGUUUUGGCUGCAGAGAUACACAGAUGUGUCUGUGUUGGUGUGAUACCGUAGUGGUGUUUAUGUAUUUGUUGGGCUCUGAAUGUAGUUUUAAUACGACUGUGCAAUGUAGUUUCAAUACGACUGUGUACCUACCAGAUAUUAUCUCUUGGAAGUAUGUGUUAUUUUAAUGUGUGCUCUCUCUCUCUCUCUCUCUCUCUCUCUCUCUCUCUCUCUCUCUCUCUCUCUCUCUCUCUCUCUCUCUCUCUCUCUCUCUCUCUCUCUCAGGUAUGAUCUGGUCGGAGGUCAAGGAGAUCUGGGUGGACGGUCCUAGAGAGUACAUGAUGCACCUGUGGAACGUGUUAGACUUCGGCAUGUUGUCUAUCUUUGUGGCUUCGUUCACCGCUCGGUUCAUGGCGUUCCUCAAGGCCUCCAAGGCCCAGCUGUACGUAGACCAGUUUGUCACCAACGAAGACAUCUGCAACGCAUCACUACCUACAGAGGUAGCCUACUACACCUAUGGUGCGUGGACAUAUACAGUUGGCAUUCUCAUUUUCUACCCUUCUACGAGGGUCUACAUCAGGGUUCUUCAAUUCCGGUCCUGGAGGGCCGAAACACCUCUGUUUUUCAUCCUCUCCUUCUAAUCAGGGGCUAAUUCAGUCCUGGGACACCAGGUGAGUGCAAUUAACUACCAGGUAGAAAUAAAAAACAGAAGUGUUUCGGCCCUCCAGGACCGGAAUUGAAGAACCCUGGUCUACAUUAACAACUGUGGACCAGUGCCCUACCCUUCCCAGUGCACUGCUCGCGCUCCCUAAUCACUGCUGUCAUCUUGUGGUGUAAGGCUGUUAUGACAUGGCUGUUUACAGUAAGCUAAAGUCUGCAUACGCAUGCACAUGAUAGCCUUUUUCAAAGAAAGUGUUAUAAAAAAAAAAAGGGAAAAAAUGGGGUAGAUCAGCUUUAAUAUUGAAGAUAGAUUGUGGCUUCAAACAAUGUAAUUGUCUGCAUCAUUUCCAAUCUCCCAUAUAUAUAUUUUUGGUAAUAUAUACAGUAUAUAUAAAAUAUAUUUUCCUUUAUUGUUUUCCCCUAACCCUACCACCCCUCCCCUAAUUGGAGUAAACUAAUGGACAACAACACUUAGGCUUCUACUUCCAGCUUGUACAUAAUAUAUACAUUUUACAGACACAGUAUAUUUUACAAUAGUUAUCUUUUGUUUGUUUUUAGUCCCAUCCUUCAGCUACCCUCGACUCCUCCCAUCUAUCUCUGAACACCAUCCAGUUUUGAUUACUAAGUGUUACACCUGGCCUUUGUAUUGCACUAUGCUGACACUCCAAGUUGUCCAAUAUUUCUUGGUAGUCCAAAACAUAUUGCUAUCAGGUUGUAAAUCACAGCUGGCCUGAUACAUUGUUUGCUGCCUCGAUUCGGGAUGCACUGUUUUAGUUUCAAUGACUCAAUAUUUUGGACAAAAAAGGCUGAAUGUAACUAAGGCUGGGAAUGUCAAUACAUUCCAACUAGCAAGGGCAAUGAUCACAAGUCAGUCAUAACGUGGCUAAUAGGCUAGCUUAUAUAUUUAUGUAGCAAACUAAAAACAUGGAGCCUAACGUUAGCUAGCUGCUAGGAGGAUGUCAUGUAAUUGGAGGAGUGGGUGAGUGACUGACUUUUUUUCCCUUCAUUUUUCGGUGGCUACACAGCUAGAGAUGCAGGUGUCGUUUGGUUAGCUAGAAAGAAAUGUGAAUUGCUUUGCUAACCAGCUUUGCUAGGGCGAGUAAAAUGGUCAGAGUGAGGUGUUCUCUUUAUCCAGUUAGCUUGGGUGCUUGGCUGGGACAAGCGUGCAUUGGCCGUAAAGCUGCAGAAGGACGAGCAGGCGACUUACUAUUCCCCAUCGUUUAUCAGUGCAAUUUUGAUGGCCAACUAGCUGAAAAAGUUUGAGAGGGUUUAUUUAAUGAUCCUUCAUUAGAUUUUAGCUCAUCUUGGUCUGGCUAGCAUUAGUUGUUGAUCUUGUUGUUGUUGAUGUGCAUAUAGGGAAAGAUAGCCUACCUUUUUAUGGUUGUUUGAUCAAUAGGACUGUAAAGUUCCCAAAUGUAAGAGAACACCCGUGGUAUUUAAAUAUUUUCAGAAAUCCACUCAGGUGUGUUUUGUGGCUUUUGCCGAAUGCAUUCUAAUGAUCUAAAGUUGCACUGUUGCAACUACCUGUAAACACACAGUUCAGUUCAAAGUGAAUGAUGGCAGGCCCGUGUGGCAAAUGGCUUGUUUGCAUAAAGGCCUAUUGUAGUUCUGAUUGGCUAUGGCGCACCUGUCUGAGUCUGGUCCUGGACAGAUGUUUUUAUUAGGUUUUAUUUACUGCAGUGUCUAUUAAUUGUCCAAACGCAAGGCCGCUUUCCCACUCUAUAUUGCUAUAGAAUUUUCACAAAUGCCUUACUCUAUGUCAUUCUCAAACAUUCUAAGAAUUUAUGAAAAAGUGAACAUGACCAUAUCUAAGUGCUCACUUGUCAGAAUAUGUAAAAAGUGUAAUAUUCUUCCUGGGGGUGUAUAUGAACAGAUUUCAUGUUGCUAAAAUGCUGUCAGUCCCUCUUUAAAGUUAGGCAUUAACUCAGAAUGGUUAAGGUAAGAGUUAAAGUUUGGGAUAGGCUUAAAACAAACAUCUCAAAAACAACAUUCUAUCGCUGGAUUUGAACUUGCAACCUUUGGAAUCAGAUGCUUACAAUCAUCUGCCAUCUCUGCCCCCACAACAUCCUGGCAAAACCGACUUGAAGGUAACAGCGCUCACUGUUGCCCCUUGUAUCUGGUGACCUGUCUGCUUUCUUUUUUGGCUACUUCUCUCUCUUCCACACACUCUUCUAUUUUUCAUAUUCUCUCCCUACGGUUUGUCUCUGUGUUCCUAUCCCUAUGUUUCUCAUGCAUAUCCUGCUCUACGUCUUCCUCUCUCACUCUCUUUUUCUAACUGUCCCACCCCUUUCUCUCUCUCUUUUCCAACUCCCUCCCUCUCUAUAUAUCGUUUUCCGUCCCUGUCUUCCCUUUCCCCCUCCCUCCUCUCUCUCUCCUUCACCUACAAUCCAGUUAUUUCAAUGACAUUUAAUUCCAACUCUCUCUCCCCCCACCCCUCCCCCUCUCAGCCAGGAAUAAGUGGCAUCCAUCUGACCCCCAGAUCAUCUCAGAGGGUCUGUAUGCCAUCGCUGUGGUGCUGAGUUUCUCCCGCAUCGCCUACAUCCUACCAGCCAACGAGAGCUUCGGCCCCCUCCAGAUCUCCCUGGGCCGGACGGUGAAGGACAUCUUCAAGUUCAUGGUCAUCUUCAUCAUGGUAUUUGUGGCCUUCAUGAUCGGCAUGUUCAACCUCUACUCCUACUACCUAGGAGCCAAGUACAACCCUGCCUUCACCACGUGAGUGAGAAAAUACAAUACACAUACUGUACACACACACGUGCGCAUACACGCACGCGCGCACACUGACACGUACACAAAUGGAAGAUUAGUGAGAUGAGUGAAACACAUCAUUUGUUUUUUUGUCAAGUGAUUUAGGAAAGAUACUGGUGGAAUCCCACAAGGUCAGCUUUCUUUCAAAGCUCUCUUCUGAUAGGACAGGUGAAAGUAGUGUCUGGCUACAUCUCUGUCCAGUUUAUCAGUGGAAAUCCACCAUGAUGUUUUCUGGAAUCUGUUGGUCCUUUCACAUCCAUGAUGACAGACACAUUUGGGAUUCAGUCAAUGUCCACCUGUUGAUUUUAGCAACGUCGCAAAGUGAUGUCAUCAAUCUUUAUCCUGUGGCUGGCUCGUUUAGGAACCUUUAUCUUAGAGAGAGAAGACACAGUCAUUCAGACCUCUUCCCUCCUCUCCUCUCAGAAUGUCAAUUUAGUACUUUAGACCAGAGACACAUGAUCAUUUUAUCAUUCUAUCACUCUUUCAAAUGACACAGACUGAAACUUUCCACUCAAUCAUCUCAGUCACUUGGCUAAUGGAUUUUGGAUCCAGCCUGUCCGUCAGUCUGUCGGUCAGUCAGUCUGGCCAUCUGUCAGUCAGUCAGUCAGUUUUUAGUUGUUAGAACUCCUCUGUUCCAUCUGUGUGUAGUGAGGUAGAACCACAGAGAGCCGUGGAGUCUGGAAUGGGUUCUGCUUGGCUGAUCACAUAGAACCACCAGUCUGCUGAGGCGGUACCGGUACAAACGUCGGACUCAUCACUUUUACUCCCCACAGAGGAUAUUCAGUUUUAGGGCUCUGUCUUGGACUCUAAGGUCUGAAUAGUACUCUCAAGGGCUGCGUUCACAGAGCACACUGAACUUUUUUUUCCACUAAUUGGUCUUUUGACCAAUCACAUCAGAUAUUUUCACAGUGGUCAAAAUACCAAUCUAAACGCAGCCUGUGUUGCCUUGAAACAUAGUUGGGAUUUGUUUCUGAUGUCAGUUUUGAGGAUUCCAGCUGAUAUAUCAUUCCACUUGAAUUUAUAGUAGCCUAUCAACCAGUGAGCUGUUUUGAAUUAAUUCUACUGUCGACAAGUUCUUACUAGCUCCACAAGGGGUCAUUAUGACUCCAAUUCUGACUCCAUUAGUAAAAGACAAUAACAGAAGGUGAAGGUGACCGCACAUACUUCAUUUCAAUCAUUUCUGUGCUUCUGUAGGAGGAACAUUUUCAAGGUGGAAUAUACAUUCAUAAUUUAUCUGGUAAAGAAAAGGAGUAGGUUGGACUGUAUCUUAGGCUAGGUUGAGGAGUGAAAUUGCAACUAUGGUGUAUCGGUCAGGAUAUAGGAAUGUUGCUUGAGGACAAGGUUUCCAGUUCAGGGUAUUCAUUUAUUAACUAACUAAUAAAGGCCCAGCACAAGGACACAGGAGAGCACAUGGGGAGUAGGAUGGAGAUAUAGAAUGGCUUGCCAGCCUGGUAGCUAAGGUUGUCUGAAAGGAUGUUGUGGUUCUGGAGGAUACAAAAGUGAAGCUCAGUUGGUAGAGCAUGGCGUUUGCAACGCCAGGGUUGUGGGUUGGAUUCCCACGGGGGGCCAGUAUGAAAAAUGUAUGCACUCACUAACUGUAAGUCGCUCUGGAUAAGAGCGUCUGCUAAAAAAUGACAAAAAAUAAAAUAAAACAUUAGCAUACAUACGAAGUGCCAUAACUAAUAGGAGAAUGUAAAAAGGUAUAACACACAGGCUAACAGGAACAAAGGACAUCACUGGUAACUAAAGAAUUCCCCAAACCAUCACACUACCACCACCAUGCUUGACCGUUGGUAUGAGGUUCUUACUGUGGAAUGCAGUGUUUGGUUUUCGCCAGACAUAAUGGGACCCAUCUCAUCGAAAAAGUUUAUUCAAGUUUGCCAAAAAGCACCUGGAAGCACCUGGAUGAUCAUCAAGACUCUUGGAAGAAUGUUCUAUGGACAGAUGAGUCAAAAGUAUAACUUCUUGGAUGACAUGGGUCCCAUUAUGCCCGGUGAAAACCAAACACUGCAUUCCACAGUAAGAACCUUAUACCAACAGUUAAGCAUGGUGGUGGUGUAGUGAAGGUUUGGGGAUGCUUUGCUGCCUCAGGAACUGGACGACUUGCCUUAAUAGAAGGAACCAUAAAUUCUGCUCUGUAUCAGACAAUUCUACAGGAGAAUGUCAGGCCAUCCGUGUGUGAGCUGAAGCUGAAGCGCAGCUGGGUCAUGCAGCAAGACAAAGAUCCAAAACACAGAAUCAAGUCUACAUGAAAAUGGCUAAAAAGCAACACAUUUGAAGUUUUGGAAUGGCCUAGUCAAAGUCCAGACCUAUUCCCAAUUGAGAUGUUGUGGCAGGACUUGAAACAAGCAGUUCAUGCUUGAAAACCCACAAAUGUGGCUGAGUGGAAGAGUGGGCCAAAAUUCUUCCACAGCGACGUGAGAGACUGAUCCAUAACUACAGGAAGUGUUUGGUUGCAGUCAUUGCAGCUAAAGGUGGCACAACCAGUUAAUAAUAUGCCAUUUAGCAGACGCUUUUAUCCAAAGCGACUUACAGUCAUGCGUGCAUACAUUUUUGUGUAUGGGUGGUCCCGGGGAUCGAACCCACUACCUUGGCGUUACAAGCACCGUGCUCUACCAGCUGAGCUACAGAGGACCACAAGUUACAGUUGUUGAGUGUAAGGGGGCAAUUACUUUUUCACACAGGGGCAUUGGGUGUUGCAUAACUUUGUUUAUUAAACUUUGUUUAAUAAAGAAAAUAAGUAUGUAAUUGUUGUGUUAUUUGUUCAAUAUGGUUCCCUUUAUCUAAUAUCAGGUUUUGGUUGAAGAUCUGAUAACAUUCAGUGUCAAAAAUAUUUAAAAGUAGAGAAAAUUAGAAAGGGGGCAAAUACUUUUUCACAGCACUGUAUAUAUAUAUAUAUACAGCACUGUAUAUAUAUAUAUAUAUAUAUAUAUAUAUACAGUGCAUUCGGAAAGUAUUCAGACCCCUUGACUUUUUCCACAUUUUGUUACAUUACAGCUUUAUUCUAAAAUUGUUUUUCUUUUUAAAUCUCUCAUCAAUCUACACACAAUACCCCAGAAUGACAAAGCGAAAACAAGUUUUUAGAAUUGUUUGCAAAUGUAUAAAAAAAACAACAACUGAAAUAUCACAUUUAUUUAAGUAUUCAGACCCUUUACUCAGUACUUUGUUGAAGCAUCUUUGGCAGUGAUUACAGCCUCAAGUCUUCUUGGGUAUGAGUCUACAAGCUUGGCACACCUGUAUUUGGGGUAAGUAGUAUUCUCCUGGCAUCCGCCAAACCCAGAUUCGUCCGUCGGACUGUCAGAUUGUGAAGCGUGAUUCAUCACUCCAGAGAACACGUUUCCACUGCACCAGAGUCAAAUGGCGGCAAGCUUUACAUCACUCCAGCCAACGCUUGGCAUUGCGCAUGGUGAUCUUAGGCUUGUGUGCGGCUGCUCGGCCAUGGAAACCCAUUUCAUGACGGUCCCGACGAACAGUUCUUGUGCUGACGUUGCUUCCAGAGGCAGUUUGGAACUCGGUAGUGAGUGUUGCAACUGAGGACAGAUGAUUUUUAAGUGCUACGUGCUUUAGCACUCGGCAGACCCAUUCUGUGAGCUUGUUUGGCCUACCACUUCGCGCCGGAGCCGUUGUUGUGCCUAGACGUUUCCACCUUACAAUAACAGCACUUACAGUUUACCGGGGCAGCUCUACCGGGGCAGAAAUUUGACAAACUGACUUUUUGGAAAGGUGGCAUCUUAAAACGGUGCCACGUUGAAAGUCACUGAGCUCUUCAGUACUGACAGUGUUUGUCUAUGGAGAUUGCAUGGCUGUCAGCAACGGUGUGGCUGAAAUAGCCGAAUCCACUAAUUUGAAGGGGUGUCCAUAUACUUUUGUGUGUGUAUAUGUAUAUAUACACACACAGGCUAGGAAGUUAGCAUUAUACAAUCUCCAAACAUAUGAAAAGGCACUUACUUAAACUCAGGUAUGCACAACAUGGGCUGCGUUUAGACAGGCAGCCCAAUUCUGAUAUUUUUUAACUAAUUGGUCUUUUGACCAAUCAGAUCAGCCUUAAAAAAGAUCUGACGUGAAAAGAUCUGAUGUGAUUGUUCAAAAGAUCAAUUUGUGGAAAAGAUUAUCAGAAUUGGGCUGCCUGUCUAAACGCAGCCAUGGACAGGGACGGGGACGGGGACGGGGACGGGGAAAGACUUGGGCCGCCCCAUGCCACCAAACAUUAAGGAAAACACAAGCUGCUUUAUACCAGAGGAAUGUGAGAGGAAUGGUGAUUAGCAGAGUGAUUUCAGGUGUGGUGAGUUGACAGGAUAGGGGGAAGUCCAGAGGGUAAUUGGAAGUUGGUAGAAUUUGCAUGAUGCUUCAGAACAGUUGGUUUAGACAUAUGUGAAUGUGUGUGUGGGUACACAUGUGCGUGUAUCUGCUAUCACUCUGUGUUAUUGAGUAUAACAGACAGGGCAGGUUUUGAUGGAGGAUGGUAGUGAGGGCAGGUUUGAUGGCUCCAGUGGUGAUUGAGGGAGGCAGGUGGUGGUGAUAAUGAUACCCCAGGAGGAAGCACUCUGAGUGGAGGCCGUGGAGAGGGUGAAGGGGGUUCUUUGGAGGAUGGCCAGAGGAUUCAGACAGUGAAGGUGCAGCUGACUGUAUGCCCUAAUGGCUAUUAUUCUAGCCUUCAGAACCAAACACACUCACACACAAAAGCAAACAUAUUAUUCCUCUCUUGCACACACACACACACACUCUCUCUCUCUCUCUCUCUCUCUCUCUCUCUCUCUCUCUCACACACACACACAAACACACACACACACACACGGCAGGUUAUUAGGAUUCUCAGCCAGGCACCUCUGGAGAAGCAGUAGGCCUGUCUCUAUGUUCUAGUCAGCCAUGCAUGAGUACACUGCUGUACAGACCUGACUGCCAGACGAGAGGAGAGUAAUGGAGAGAUAGAGUAAAGGAGGGGGAGUCAGGAAGUAAAAGAUAGAGGGAAAGGAGAGACCAUCUGGAGUAGAGAGGAGAAAAGAGAGGAGGGCAAAUUAGACAGAGAGAAGGAUGAGAAACAAAUGAGAUAAAAGCAAGAUGAAAGGAGGAAUGAGUAUGGAGUGAAGAGAGGUGGAUAGAGAGACUAGAGGGGGCAGGAGAGAAGCAGAGGAGGAUUCUUGGCUGGCCACAAUAAGGGAAACAGGCCACUGGCACAGACAGGAGAGAGUGGGAAUCAGAGGGAUAAGAUGAAGAAGACACAUACAUGGGAGAACAAGCUGCGAAGGAGGGAGAGGGCGAAACCUAGAAAGAGUGAGAUGUGAUGGAGUGAGAGAGGAAGAGUGGAGAGAUAGAGAGUUGAGGAUGUGGAUGAGACUGAUAGAGAGAGAGGGGUGUGAGAGGGAAGGGUAAAUAGGGCUGGUGGUAUGGCAUGCCAGUUUAGCGUGGGCAAAAAAGGAACAUAUAUAUAUAUAUAUAUACGCAUACAAAAUGAGAGAAGGAGAAAAGGAGAGAGUGAUAUAAAGGUUGAGAGAGAGGGAUCUGAGUGAAAGAGAGUGGUUAUUAAUUUCUGUAGAUAUGUAAACCGGGAUGUGCCAUGAUCAGUCAAGCGCAUCUGAAUUAGAGCGAGAGAGAGAUAGAGAGAGGUAUAUUGAGAAGGAGGUCAAAAAUUGAUAGAGCGUGAUGGACACUUGUGUUGUCAUAAAGCUCCUAAUUGCUUGUCUCCCGCUGUUCAAAUCCCAUUUCAAUACAUAUGACCUGAGAAGACACACACACUACACACACACUCAAACAAAUCACAUUGAUUAAGACCAGAGGUGCCACCCGUCUGUCACCAUGGAUACGGCUCAGCAGCAUGAUAGAGGAAAGUUAAUCUGAGUUUAAUACUUAAAGAUGUCUGUCUGACUGUCUGCACCGCUCUCCUGAUAGCACUGAUAGAUGGCGCGAGGGAGACGACGAGGGAGGAAAGGAGGGAGGGAAGCUCAUAUCUAAAUGCUAGAAGGGAGGGAUAGAAAGAGAGAGGGAUGGAGAGGAUUUUAAUAUCGGAAUGAUGAGCUAGAGCGAGAGAAUAUUUGUAUUAAAAGUCAGUAAUUUACUGAUCUGCAGCAUUGAUUUCACUGAUUAUAGAGAGACAGUGCGAUAAAGAGAAAGAUAGAGACAGAAAGAGAUUGGAGGGAGAGAGUGGCACUGAAGAAAGAUAGAGAAGAGAGAAAAGGAAAGAUGGAAAAGAAAGUUAGAGAGAGAGAGGGAGAGAGACCAUAUGAGAGCCUGUGUUCAUAUGAGUCUCCUGGGGGAGUAGAUGAGCAGAAAUUGGGUUUGGAUUACACAUACAGAGCAGAGGUGAGUCACCACCAUUCUCCCUCGUAGGCAGUGUGUGUGUGGUGUCUUGUACUCCCUCCCUCUCUCCUGUCAGUGAGGUGCUCUCCUGAGGGUUAAGGCUUACUGUGUCUCUGAAGGCACCUACUGUGACCAGCUGUUAGGGAACUAGACAGAAGCGUUUAAUGAUGGCUCACCACCCUGCAUCAACUGGUCUGCUCUCUGUGUGUAUAGGAGGGGUAGUGGGAGGCGGCGACUGACAGAAUAUUAUACAGUGGGCAAGGAGAGUUUAGGCAGGUAAAUCAUAUAGAAAGUACUACUGUAUCUCUGCAGACAAGUAGGGAUAUCCGUGUAUGUCAUAAGCUUCUAUUAGAAAUCAUUUUCUAUCCUUUUCCCUGCCUAAUAAAAAUGUAAAUCAUAUUUCUAAAUACAUGUAAAGAGUCUUGCAUAUUGAAAUGAGUUUGGCAUGUGAGCCCCAGGUCAGAGGAAAGUGAAUUCAAUAAACAUUAGCAAGGAUCAAUGGAUGGACUGUCAUAUGGUGAUAUGAAUACUGUUCCACAUGAGAACAUUGUCCAAUAGAGAAAGAAUUCAGUUUUAUUCAACCAUGUACUACAGCACAUCGAGCUGACACAUGGCAGAUGGGUUAGUUGUUUAAUAAGUUACUACAGAGAGAGAGUGAGUCUUGGAGGUUAAGCAGUGUGUGGCUCUAAGCGCUGGAAGAGGAGAGGUUUAUUGAAGUACACACACAGGCCUGUGGUCGACAUCUCUCAUCCCCUUCACCCCUCCCUCGUGCUCUGCCACUCUAUGAAUAUUUAUUGACAGGAUUGUGUCCAACUGUGUGUUCUUUAGGCAAAGUGUAUGUUUAGCACACUCCAAACCCCCUCAGAGCUUGGGUCUCUGACAGGGCUAGCUAGAGCACUGUAACCUCAUUUGACCAACCUGUUCUCGUGAAACGAAACAAGGGCGCAGCAGAUCACGCCAUGAGCACGGAGACUAAAAGCAGAACCGAAUGGACUGGACUAGACCAGACAUUACCAACCUUUUCCGUUCUGUGCACAACCAGAAACAGGAGAACUGGCUUUGCCUCUUCAUUGAGCUUUCCUGGUGGGGGGAUAAUGUGUUGGAAUUGGACAUGACUCAUCAGCUAUUUCAUCAGUGCCAGCUCAUAAACUCUACUAAAAGAACAUUACACUCUCGUUUAUAGACUCAUGCUUGCGUGUGCAUCCAUGUGUUUCCCCAGGGUGGAGGAGAGCUUUAAGACCCUGUUCUGGUCCAUCUUCGGUCUGUCAGAGGUGAUCUCCGUGGUCCUGAAGUAUGACCAUAAGUUCAUAGAGAACAUUGGUUAUGUGCUGUUCGGGGUCUAUAACGUCACAAUGGUGGUGGUUCUACUCAACAUGCUCAUCGCUAUGAUCAAUAGCUCCUACCAGGAGAUAGAGGUCAGUCCUAUUAAUAAGUAAUUCAUAUAGAGGUCAGUCCUAUUAAUAACUCAUUCAUUCCUGAGUGGCGCAGUGGUCUAAGGCACUGCAUCACAGUGCUAGAUGUGCCACUAGAGAUCCUGGUUCAAAUCCAGGCUCUGUCGUAGCCGGCCGCGACCGGGAGACCCAUGGGGCGGCGCACAAUUGGCCCAGCGUCAUCCAGGGUACGGGAGGGAAUGGCCGGCAGGGAUGUAGCUCAGUUGGCAUGGUGUUUGCAACGCCAGGGUUGUGGGUUCGAUUCCCACGGGGGGCCAGUAUGAAGAAAAAAUUAUAAAAAUAAUGUAUGCACUCACUAACUGUAAGUCGCUCUGGAUAAGAGCGUCUGCUAAAUGACUAAAAUGUAAUUAGGAAUUAUCCAAUCAUACAAUGGUUGCGUUAUGAUAAUGUUUAGCUGAAGAAACGAAUAUUCAGUGUGAAAUAUUUGUUAAUACCAAUGUAUGUUUAUGUGUGCGCCUGCAUUUAUUUGUUUGUGUCUGUAUGUCCAUGUGUGUCUGUCCCCUCCAGACUGAUGCAGAUGUAGAGUGGAAGUUUGCCCGUGCCAAGCUGUGGAUGUCCUACUUUGACGAGGGUCGCACUCUGCCCACUCCCUUCAACAUGGUGCCUUCUCCCAAGUCCUGGUACUACCUGGUCCUCCGCACCAAGGCCUGCAUCGUUCACCUCUGCAAGGCCAAGGGGUGUCGCCAUGACAACGAGCUAGAGAUGGGCAUGCUCAACUCAGGACUCAAGGUCAGAGGGGAGAGGGCAAAGGUCCAAAGGCAAACCCUAAUUGUAUCAAUACAUACUGUAGAUGCUAGUAAGUGUUUGAUCUUAUACAAAGCCUUCCUAUCACACUCUAAGCCUUAACCAGCUUUCCUACCUGUUACCACAAAUACAGGGGUGACACCCGCCCGGCUAACCUAGUGUGUAAAACAGUGGGUUAUCUACGUGUGAAUGUACACCUAUGGGCAGAACUACCUUUCCCUUCUCCAGGACCCAGGUAGGGUGGAGUACAGCAGGAGGACAGGCUGGAACACAACCAAUAACCAAAUCCAAAAAUCCUCAAACAGCCAAACAAAAAGUGCCCCCUCUCUCUCCCUCUAGCUCACACGACAAACAGUUUAUAUGCUCUAGUCAGUCAGUCACUCAACCACAGCUGCCAGGACUCCGGACCGAAGCCACGCCCACAAUCGUCAGCCGCAACUCAGCACACCUGUAAUAACCAGAACACACAAACAGAACAACCACUCUGAACCAAACACACACUACAAAGGACGAUUGGGAGAAAGAAAAACAUGUCACACGUAACACCAAGGCACAGUUGACAUCUAGGGCACAGCCAGAUCUAAAUGGCAUUGCACAAUGUUUUGCCAAAGCUAUUGCUGAAGCUGCUUGGUUUAUUUUGGUGGUGGAUGUGUUGUGGAGACUAUUGGAUGUAUUUCAAAAGCUUCAGAAUGUAGUAUAGGAGCUAUUGAAUAUGCCCGCUCCUUCCUAAUGUUUAACCUGGUUUAUAGAGGCAGGAUCAGUUUCAUAGAACUGCCUCUGUGGGUAGACAUAUAUCUGAUGGCUUGGCUAUGAAACACAACUGAGCAGAGCAUUACGUGAGCAAUCGAUAGAUAGACUCACACUACACCUUUGGAAGACGUGAAAAAUGUCAAGUGAGUUUGUAGGAGUAAACUACAGCUAUUUCUCUCUUUCUGAAAGAGACAUGCAUGUAUACAGCAACCUCCUUCACUUUUAGAGUGUUUGUGUACAUUGUGUUUGUAACUGUUGUUAUUGUGUGUGUGUGUGUGUGUGUGUGUGUGUGUGUGUGUGUGUGUGUGUGUGUGUGUGUGUGUGUGUGUGUGUGUGUGUGUGUGUGUGUGUGUGUGUGUGUGUGUGCGUGCGUGCGUGCUAGUAUGCAGGGCUAGUGCACAGGUUAGUGGGUGUGUGUCUGUCUGGGGUUUCAGGAGCCAUUGCAGUUUGGCGCCAUGUCUUGUUUUGCCAUGCCACUGAUGAUGACAAGCUUGGCAGCUUUACGAGCCCCAGAGCUGUGUGUGUAUAUCUGUGCGAGCACAUGUGUGUGUGUUUGAAUGUAUCUCCUGCCAAAAUGAAAAUAAGGACUUGUAGGACACUAAGUAAAUCUAGAAGAGGACAUUAAAACCAGGUCAUUGAAAUUUAGCAGAGCCGAGUGUGGUUACAUCACCACACAGUGACACAAUACACAUUAUUCCAAGAUAACAGGAAUCAUGUUUGUGCCACAGAAAAGAUAACAUAUUAUACAGUAUUAUUUUGUAUCUAUUUAUAUAGACGUCCCGAAGUCAUAUAUAUAUAUAUAUAUAUACAGUGGGGGAAAAAAGUAUUUAGUCAGCCACCAAUUGUGCAAGAUCUCCCACUUAAAAAGAUGAGAGAGGCCUGUAAUUUCCAUUGAGAAUUUUUUUUCCAGAAAAUCACAUUGUAUGUUUUUUAUGAAUUUAUUUGCAAAUUAUGGUGGAAAAUAAGUAUUUGGUCACCUACAAACAAGCAAGAUUUCUGACUCUCACAGACCUGUAACUUCUUCUUUAAGAGGCUCCUCUGUCCUCCACUCGUUACCUGUAUUAAUGGCACCUGUUUGAACUUGUUAUCAGUAUAAAAGACACCUGUCCACAACCUCAAACAGUCACACUCCAAACUCCACUAUGGCCAAGACCAAAGAGCUGUCAAAGGACACCAGAAACAAAAUUGUAGACCUGCACCAGGCUGGGAAGACUGAAUCUGCAAUAGGUAAGCAGCUUGGUUUGAAGAAAUCAACUGUGGGAGCAAUUAUUAGGAAAUGGAAGACAUACAAGACCACUGAUAAUCUCCCUCGAUCUGGGGCUCCACGCAAGAUCUCACCCCGUGGGGUUAAAAUGAUCACAAGAACGGUGAGCAAAAAUCCCAGAACCACAUGGGGGGACCUAGUGAAUGACCUGCAGAGAGCUGGGACCAAAGUAACAAAGCCUACCAUCAGUAACACACUACGCCGCCAGGGACUCAAAUCCUGCAGUGCCAGACGUGUCCCCCUGCUUAAGCCAGUACAUGUCCAGGCCCGUCUGAAGUUUGCUAGAGUGCAUUUGGAUGAUCCAGAAGAGGAUUGGGAGAAUGUCAUAUGGUCAGAUGAAACCAAAAUAUAACUUUUUGGUAAAAACUCAACUCGUCGUGUUUGGAGGACAAAGAAUUCUGAGUUGCAUCCAAAGAACACCAUACCUACUGUGAAGCAUGGGGGUGGAAACAUCAUGCUUUGGGGCUGUUUUUCUGCAAAGGGACCAGGACGACUGAUCUGUGUAAAGGAAAGAAUGAAUGGGGCCAUGUAUCGUGAGAUUUUGAGUGAAAACCUCCUUCCAUCAGCAAGGGCAUUGAAGAUGAAACGUGGCUGGGUCUUUCAGCAUGACAGUGAUCCCAAACACACCGCCCGGGCUACGAAGGAGUGGCUUCGUAAGAAGCAUUUCAAGGUCCUGGAGUGGCCUAGCCAGUCUCCAGAUCUCAACCCCAUAGAAAAUCUUUGGAGGGAGUUGAAAGUGUGUUGACCAGCGACAGCCCCAAAACAUCACUGCUCUAGAGGAGAUCUGCAUGGAGGAAUGGGCCAAAAUACCAGCAACAGUGUGUGAAAACCUUGUGAAGACUUACAGAAAACGUUUGACCUGUGUCAUUGCCAACAAAGGGUAUAUAACAAAGUAUUGAGAAACUUUUGUUAUUGACCAAAUACUUAUUUUCCACCAUAAUUUGCAAAUAAAUUCAUAAAAAAUCCUACAAUGUGAUUUUCUGGGAAAAAAAAUUAUCAUUUUGUCUGUCAUAGUUGACGUGUACCUAUGAUGAAAAUUACAGGCCUCUCUCAUCUUUUUAAGUUGGAGAACUUGCACAAUUGGUGGCUGACUAAAUACUUUUUUUCCCCACUGUAUAUACAGUGAGGGAAAAAAGUAUUGAUCCCCUGCUGAUUUUGUACGUUUGCCCACUGACAAAGAAAUGAUCAGUCUAUAAUUUUAAUGGUAGGUUUAUUUGAACAGUGAGAGACAGAAUAACAACAAAACAAUCCAGAAAAACGCAUGUCAAAAAUGUUAUAAAUUGAUUUGCAUUUUAAUGAGGGAAAUAAGUAUUUGACCCCCUCUCAAUCAGAAAGAUUUAUGGCUCCCAGGUGUCUUAUACAGGUAACGAGCUGAGAUUAGGAGCACACUCUUAAAGAGAGUGCUCCUAAUCUCAGUUUGUUACCUGUAUAAAAUACACCUGUCCACAGAAGCAAUCAAUCAAUCAGAUUCCAAACUCUCCACCAUGGCCAAGACCAAAGAGCUCUCCAAGGAUGUCAGGGACAAGAUUGUAGACCUACACAAGGCUGGAAUGGGCUACAAGACCAUCGCCAAGCAGCUUGGUGAGAAGGUGACAACAGUUGGUGCGAUUAUUCGCAAAUGGAAGAAACACAAAAGAACUGUCAAUCUCCCUCGGCCUGGGGAUCCAUGCAAGAUCUCACCUCGUGGAAUUGCAAUGAUCAUAAGAACGGUGAGGAAUCAGCCCAGAACUACACGGGAGGAUCUUGUCAAUGAUCUCAAGGCAGCUGGGACCAUAGUCACAAAGAAAACAAUUGGUAACACACUACACCAUGAAGGACUGAAAUCCUGCAGCGCCCGCAAGGUCCCCCUGCUCAAGAAAGCACAUAUACAGGGCCGUCUGAAGUUUGCCAAUGUACAUCUGAAUGAUUCAGAGGAGAACUGGGUGAAAGUGUUGUGGUCAGAUGAGACCAAAAUCGAGCUCUUUGGCAUCAACUCAACUCACCGUGUUUGGAGGAGGAAUGCUGCUUAUGACCCCAAGAACACCAUCCCCACCGUCAAACAUGGAGGUGGAAACAUUAUGCUUUGGGGGUGUUUUUCUGCUAAGAGGACAGGACAACUUCACCGCAUCAAAGGGACGAUGGACGGGGCCAUGUACUGUCAAAUCUUGGGUGAGAACCUCCUUCCCUCAGCCAGGACAUUGAAAAUGGGUCGUGGAUGGGUAUUCCAGCAUCACAAUGGCCCAAAACACACGGCCAAGGCAACAAAGGAGUGGCUCAAGAAGAAGCACAUUAAGGUCCUGGAGUGGCCUAGCCAGUCUCCAGACCUUAAUCCCAUAGAAAAUCUGUGGAGGGAGCUGAAGGUUCGAGUUGCCAAACGUCAGCCUCGAAACCUUAAUGACUUGGAGAAGAUCUGCAAAGAGAAGUGGAACAAAAUCCCUCCUGAGAUGUGUGCUAACCUGGUGGCCAACUACAAGAAACGGGUUUUGCCACCAAGUACUAAGUCAUGUUUUGCAGAGGGGUCAAAUACUUAUUUCCCACAUUAAAAUGCAAAUCAAUUUAUAAUAUUUUUGACAUGCGUUUUUCUGGAUUUUUUUGUUGUUAUUCUGUCUCUCACUGUUCAAAUAAACCUACCAUUAAAAUUAUAGACUGAUCAUGUCUUUGUCAGUGGGCAAACGUACAAAAUCAGCAGGGGAUCAAAUACUUUUUUCCCUCACUGUAUAUAUAUAUAUAUAUAUGCCGUUUUUUUGAGCAUGAGCAUGGCCUUAUUUCUAUUACAGAAUAUUGGAUGACUGUCAUUCAUAUUCCAUUCAUCCAGUUCAAUGCAACAUCGACAGGUUUAGGCUACUACAUGAUUUUCCCUAUACCCAUCAAGAGGUUGCUACAACCUAGACUAUGAAUUAAAGAUUACAACGUAGGUGCACACAGGUUGAGAGAAAAUCACAUUUACACAAGUAUUCAGUACCUUUCGCAGCGAUUACAGCCUUGAGUCUUCUUGGGUAUGACGCUACAAGCUUGGCACACCUGUAUUUGGGGAGUUUCUCCCAUUCUUCUCUGCAGACCCUCUCAAGCUCUGUCAGGUUGGAUGGGGAGAGUCGCUGAACAGCUAUUUUCAGGUCUCUCCAGAGAUGUUCGAUCUGGUUCAAGUCCGGGCUCAGGCUGGUCCACUCAAGGACAUUCAGAGACUUAUCCCGAAGCCACUCCUGCGUUGUCUUGGCUGUGUGCUUAGGGUCGUUCUCCUGUUGGAAGGUGAACCUUCGCCCCAGUCUGAGGUCCUGAGCACACUGGAGCAGGUUUUCAUCAAGGAUCUCUCUGUACUUUGCUCCGUUCAUCUUUCCAUCGAUCCUGACUAGUCUCCCAGUCCCUGCCGCUGAAAAACAUCAAGCACUAUGAUGAAACUGGCUCUCAUGAGGACAGCCACCGAAAAGGAAGACCCAGAGUUACCUCUGCUGCAGAGGAUAAGUUCAUUAGAGUUAACUGCACCUCAGAUUGCAGCCCAAAUAAAUGUUUCACAGAGUUCAAGUAACAGACACAUAUCAACAUAAACUGUUCAGAGGAGACUGCGUAAAUCAGGCCUUCAUGGUUGAAUUGCUGCAAAUAAACCACUACUAAAGGACACCAAUAAGAAGAACAGACUUGCUUGGGCCAAGAAACAUGAGCAAUGGACAUUCGACCGGUGGAAAUCUGUCCUUUGGUCUGAUGAGUCCAAAUUUGAGAUUUCUGAUUCCAACCGCCGUGUCUUUGUGAGACACAGAGUAGGUGAACAGAUUAUCUCCACAUGUGUGGUUCCUACCGUGAAGCAUGGAGGAGGAGGUGGGAUAGUGUGGGGGUGUUUUGCUGGUGACACUGUCUGUGAUUUAUUUAAAAUUCAAGGCACACUUAACCAGCAUGGCUACCACAGCAUUCUGCAGCGAUACGCUAUCCCAUCAGGUUUGCGCUUAGUGGGACUGUCAAUUGUUUUUCAACAGGACAAUGACCCAAAACACACCUCCAGGCUUUGUAAGGUCUAUUUGACCAAGGAGAGUGAUGGAGUGAUGCACCAGUUGACCUGUCCUCCACAAUCACCCGACCUCAACCCAAUUGAGAUGGUUUGGGAUGAGUUGGACCACAUAGUGAAGGAAAAGCAGCGAACAAGUGCUCUGCAUAUGUGGGAACUCCUUCAAGACUGUUGGAAAAGCAUUCCUCAUGAAGCUGGUUGAGCGAAUGCCAAGUGUGUGCAAAGCUGUCAUCAAGGAAAAGGGUGGCUACUUUGAAGAAUCUCAAAUAUAAUUUGUUGAACACUUUUUUGGUUACUACAUGAUUCCAUAUGUGUUAUUUCAUAGUUUUGAUGUCUUCACUAUUAUUCUACAAUGUAAAAAACAGUAAAAAUAAAGAAAAACCCUUGAAUGAGUAAGUGUGUCCAAACUUUUGACUGGUACUGUAUAUAUAACUCAUGUUGUGUUGUUGCAGGGCAAACGCUACAGAGCCCACGGUCGACCACGAGAGGAGUCUACUCUCAGAAAACCCAUUAAACAUCCCACCAGAUAUCAGGUACGAGAGAAUGAGAGAUAUAUAGAAAGUAAGCAAGAAAGAAAGAAAGAAAGAGGGGAGAGGGGUGUAGAAGGGGGAGGUAGAGGUAAUAGGUGAUAAAUAUCAGAGGGGAAUGGGUGGGCAAAGAAGGAAAGAGAACGAGACGACUCCAUAUAGAUUUAAUGAGGUAUCGAGAUGACUCCAUAUAGAUUUAAUGAAGUAUCGAGAAAUUGAUUUAGUGGGAGCAGGUAAUAGCUGAAUAAAUGAGCAGGAGUGUGGAGUGAUUCACUGAAUGGGGAAAAUGAUGAAUGAGGAAAGGUCUUUCUGUCCUCCACCUUUUCCCUAUGGGAAAUCUUCUCUCUUCCUCCGUCAUGAGGUCAUUCUAUUGUGCCUCUCACACACCAUUAUGCUUCUCUCUAAAAGCCUUUCUCCUGACACACACACACUGCAUUUAGGUAUGUCAGGUCAGCUUCUCACAGUGAAUGUGUAUGUAGUGCACGCAGGGCAGCAGGUAGCCUAGCGGUUAAAGCAUUGGGCCAAUAACCGAAAGGUCGCUGGUUCGAAACCCCUGAGCUGUAAAGGUGAAAAAUCUGUCAAUUUGCCCUUGAGCAUGGCACUUAACCCUAAUUUGCUCCACAUACCACUGGCUGAUCCUGUAAAACAACAAAUUUCACUGCACCUAUCUGGUGUAUGUGACAAUACAACAUCUAUAUAUAUUUGACAGGUUCCCAGAGUGUUUUAAUGCACGGACAGACUGAGUGGGUCUUAGAGAGAGCUACAGGAGUGUAGUGUAUAGGUUUCAGAUCAAUACUUACCAUUCAGAACUGAACAGUGUGACACAGUGUGAGAGUGUAGUGUGUGUGUGUGUGUGUGUGUGUGGGGGUGGGGGGGGGGGGGGUGUAUGUCUGGAUGUGUGUGUGUUUAAUAGAGAUUAUUGUCAGCUUUCAUAACCAACUCUCUCUUCUCCACUUCUCUCCCCUUCAUAUUUUUCUCACCUCUCCUCCUCCCUCUCUUCUCUGUCGUACUGCAGAAGAUCAUGAAGCGUCUCAUUAAGCGCUAUGUUCUGAAGGCUCAGGUUGACAGAGAGAACGAUGAAGUCAAUGAAGGUGAAAAUCUAAUCUCCUUUAACGUCGACGUUAUGUACCUCACCAGAUGCUACCUGCCUGGAUGGGUAUUGUCAGUGUGAGUGUGUGUACUGUAUCCUGCAGAGUAACUUAAAGGACCACAGUCUGGUCCUCUCUCCUGAAUGUUAGUUCAUUCUUAACAGCAUGUAAUAGAACAGCAACGUUGUGAGUGUGUGUAUGCAUGUCCGUGUUCAUGUGCGUGCAUGUGUUUGUGUGUGUUUCACUCCUACAUGUGCUGGUGUGUGUGUGUGACUCUGCCUGACUGUGUGUGUGUGUAUCUGUGUGUGUGUGUGUUUUAGGUGAGCUGAAGGAGAUCAAGCAGGACAUCUCCAGCCUGCGCUAUGAGCUUCUGGAGGAGAAGUCUCAGGCCACCGGAGAACUGGCUGACCUCAUCACACAACUCAGUGACAAGUUUGUCAAGAACAUCACCAAAAAACCCUGAGAGAGAGGGGCGAGGGGGAGAAGGGGUAGGAGAGAGGGGAGUGGGAGACAUGAAAAUACAGGGAGAGUGAGAGGUGGGAAAGAGGAGAGAGGGGGAGGGGACAGAUAGAGAAUUACAGAGAAAGAGAGAGAGCGAGAGAGAGUGAUGGAGAGUGGAUGAAAAGGAGGUCAGGGAUGAGAGGUGAAAAGGUGGCUUUCAGGAGAGUAGAUGUCCUGAUCUAAUUAGUGGAGGGAGGAGAGAGAUGGGACAGGAGGAGAAGAGAGAAAGGGAGGAGAUAAGUGGGACGGAGGGAGAAGAGAGGAGGCAGGAGAGAGGAAAAGUGACUAAAAGGGAGGAGGCUCUGAACAGCACGAGGGGAGUGUAG